AUGCACCGCGCAAUCACUCCUCGCAGCCUGCGAGCGCAACUCGCCCGCGCCCACGCACCUCAGCACCUCGCCCAGCUCCGUCCGCUCAGCUCGUCGUCGCUCGACUCGCGCCGCGUCAAGGUCGUCGAGGUCGGCCCGCGCGACGGCCUGCAGAACGAGAAGGCCGUCAUCUCGACCGAUGUCAAGGUCGAGCUCAUCGAGCGGCUCGUCAAGGGCGGGCUGAGGUGUGUCGAGUCGGGGAGCUUCGUGAGCCCAAAGUGGGUCCCGCAAAUGGCGUCGACCGCCGACGUCCUCCAAUCGUCCCGCCUUUCCGCCCUGCGCUCGACGCACAAGGACCUUUCCCUCCCGGUGCUCGUGCCCAACAUCAAGGGCCUCGACUCGCUCCUCGCCCUGCCGCCCAACCUCACCGACGAGAUCGCCGUCUUCGUCUCGGCGUCCGAGGGCUUCUCGCGCGCCAACCUCAACUGCUCGGUCGCCGAGUCGCUCUCGCGCCUCGAGCCCGUCUUCCGCACCGCACGCGACCGAGGGCUCAAGGUGCGCGGGUACGUGAGCGUCGUGCUCGGGUGCCCGUUCGACGGCCGGGUCGAGCCGCAGCAGGUCGCACACGUGGCCAAGGCGCUGCGCGACCUCGGCGCGUACGAGGUCAGCCUCGGCGACACGAUCGGCGUCGGCGUGCCGAGAGGGUGGGACGAGGUCGUCGGAGCGUGUGAGCAGCAGGGUGUGCCCGCUCGACAACUCGCCGCACACUGCCACGACACGUACGGCACGGCGCUCGCCUCGAUCUUGCACUGCGUCUCGCAGCUCGGCAUCCGCACGGUCGACAGCUCGAUUGCGGCGCUCGGCGGCUGCCCGUACUCGCCCGGCGCGACGGGCAACGUCGCGACCGAGGACGUCCUGUACGCCCUCAGCGCGAGCGAGAUCCCGACGACGGUCUUGGCGUUCGACGAGCUGUGUCAGGUCGGCGAGUGGAUUAGCGCCGAGCUCGGGAGGGAGAACGGGAGCAGGGUCGGCAAGGCGAUGAAGGGCAGGAGGGAGCGCGACGCGGCCAAGCGGGAGAAGCAGAAGGCCAAGCUGUAGAGGGUCCGAGAGCGAGUCGAGCUGCAACUCGCGUGACUCUCACAUUC